AUGACCCAACAUCGACCGGUUGGCGCUAUCUGUUGGCAGUGGGGUCCGGCCGUUUAUGCGGCCGACUAUGGCGGCCGGCGCAGGGCUGGAGUUCUCGGUUCCGCCGGCGCCGAUGUUGGCUGUGCCACUCGCUGGCUGGGGAACUCGCUGGGCGAGCUGCUCCGAUUGGUGCAUGGGAACGAGGCGGGAAAGUGGAAAGCCGCCGACAAGUGUACGUCUUGGACCUCGAGCACAUUGCUAUUCAUGUACCGUCGCUGUCUGCUUUAUGGCCAUCGCCCCAUGCUACCCAACUUUCUUGUAGCCACAGUAUCGCAUCGCCAUACAAACUCCGGAGCCAUUGACAGUAUCCGUUGA